GAUGUCUUUCUGAGUCCCUGGAUACGGGAUGAGAGAGUUCUGACAAAGUUCAAACUGCAACUGAAGACAAAGCCCAAUGAGGAAUUAAAAAAAUGGUUCUACACUCAAAACUCAAACAAGAUGUUGAUCUCCAAAACUUGCCGUCAAACAAGUGGACUACGUGGAGAGGUUUCUCUAGGCUCGACUUGAUUUCACAUAGCAAUGAAGUCUCUCCAAUUAUUCUUUCCCUGAAACUGAAUAUUGACGAAUUGUUUUCUGCUAUGAUCAGCUUGGUUAAAAAUGAUUUGGCUAGUUCUGACUUUGACAAAUCUCUUCUGAUUAGCGCUUGUUGUGUGAAUGAACAUAAGGACUAUGCCAGACUUGCUUUGAAAAUUUUGAGUGUCAAAAACGCAUGCUGGAGCAAAAAGGAAAAUGUCUACGCAGUACAUAUAGCAGCAAACUUUUUGCAACCUGACAUUUUAUCGCUUAUUCUGGAUGCUGAAUAUGACGUAAACAUGGUUACACGAAACAAUGAAUCUCCCCUUAUCUUAGCAGUUGUAGUAGAUAAAUGCACUCUCCAGAAUAUCCCUUGGGCAUGUAACAAGGACUUAUGUGAUCCUAAUAAAACCUUCGACGAAGUUUUGGAAGAAAGACGUAUGCAGACGUUAACUCUGCUUGUUCAAAAAGGUGCAGAUGUCAACAUUCAUCCCACAAAACUUCCCUCUGCUCUAGCUGUCUCCUGUCAAAAAGGAAACAAGGAAAUUGUUCAGUUCCUGCUCAGAAGUGGUGCUAAUGUCAAUGAAACGGGUAACAAGUUAUCUGCUCUUCACUUGGCUUCAAUGGAAGGCAAUCUAGAAAUUGUGCAGUUACUUUUAGACAAAGGUGCAGAUGUCAACAUGAGGAGUAAAUAUGGAUUCACGCCUUUAUAUUUAGCUUCAAGAAAAGGUAACUCUGCUAUAGUGGAGAUUUUACUCACUAGAGGAACAAAUGACGAGCUUAAGGAAAGAACGGCCUAUAAUCCUUUCUUUGCAGCCUGUGCACAUGGCCACAUAAACAUCGUCCAAAUGUUUUUACAGCACAAACCUUACAUAAACUGCUCAAUGACAAAUGAUACAUCAGCAAUACUGGCAGCUGUCGGUAAUGGACACGCAAAAGUGGUUGACUUACUUCUGAAAACUGGCGCUGAUGUUAAUUCUUUUCAGAAAAAGAAAGUUAUGAGUCCUAUUCUCUUUGAUGUCAUUGCGCAUGGUCAUGAACUUGUUUUGAAAUUACUUGUAACCUGCGGUGUAAACCUUAGUAUAGUAACAAGAGAAACGGACGACUCGGACACUCCGUUAAUUAUUGCAUCACAGAACGGACAUUACUCGACAGUCCAGUUCCUGCUAGAAAACGGAGCAAAUGUUACUGAGACCAACCGGCUUAAGAUAUCCCCAUUGCACUUCGCAGCAGAGAAUGGACACCUUGAAAUUGUACAAUUACUACUGAAGAAUAAUGCAGGAGUGAAUUCAUGUUCAAAAAGGGAGAGCAGUCCUUUGAUACGGGCUUCAUAUCGCGGGCACAAUGAUAUUGUAAAGGAGCUUUUAAAUCAAGGUGCUGAUGUAAAUCUGGCCAAUAAGAAGAUGGCUACUCCUCUUUUUCUUGCUUCCAAAUAUGGUCAUGCACAAGCUGCUAAAACUUUAUUGGCACACAAAGCAGAUUUUAAUUUGUGUACAAAGAGUGGAUGUAGUCCUCUUUUCGUUGCAGCGAGAUUUGGACAUCGUGAAGUUGUAAAAGAUCUGUUGUGUCAUGGCGCUAAAAUAAAUGAAAAUGACUCCAAAAAUCCUCUUUUGAACUCUGCCUUUCACGGGUACUAUAAAAUUACUGAACUGCUUAUCGACAACGGGGUAAAAAUAAAUGUGCAGGAUAAAGAGGGGAGUACUCCUCUGAUAAAUGCAGCAAUGGAAGGAUGGACGGAUAUUGUUAAACUGUUGCUAAAAAGAGGAGCUGAUGUCAACAAAUGCGAUGAAGAUGGGGAAGACGCUUUACAUUGGGCGAGUUUAAUGGGUUAUGCAGACAUUGUAAAACUUUUCAUCGAACAUGGUAUGGAUAUUAAUAAUUAUGACGAGGAUACAUACAGUCCAUUUGAAAAAGCUGUAGGGGGGAAUCAUCUCUCAUUAGCUUUACUUCUGCUCGAGCAUGGCGCAGACGUAAAUGCUAUCGUCUAUGGCAAAACUGUUCUUUAUCUUGUGUGCAAUGCUGGAUUCAAAGAUGUCGUUGAUGAUCUUCUUGGCGUGACGCAAAGGUCAAUCCUAAAGAAGAAGAUGAUUCUAUUGAGACUCACCGCUUUAUGCUGCCGUGUCGGGUGGUCAUACAGAAAUAGCCGAAGAACUCCUACGUCGUGGUGCAGAUGUAAAUUAUAUUCCAUGAUACAAGGAUAUCAUGGUGCUGAUGUCAACGCCAAAAGCAAGUCUGAAAACACAGCUUUGCAUGCAAGUUCUUAUGAUAGCUCUAAACUUGAGUCCAUGUUAACACUGCUUAAAAACAAGGCCGAUGUAAACGCUCGAAAUAAAGAUGGAGCUACACCAAUGAUGUUGGCCCUUCACAUAAGCAAUUUAACAAAAGAGCGCGUUCAGGCGCUCAUCGAUUAUGGAGCGGGUGUAAACAUGCGUGAUAAUUCUGGACAGUCAGCUUUACAUUUUGCAGCGACCUGCAAUGACAAGCAUGACGUCGUAUCCCUUCUGCUAGAACAUGGCGCUGACGUCAAUGCUCGCAACGACGAGGGCGAAACUGCUCUCCAUGAAGCGUGUUAUCCAGACUUUCUUAAGACCAUUACUGUACUUCUUCGACAUGGAGCAGACGUUAAUAUUCGAUCAAAUGCUAAUCUGACUCCUUUAGACAUUGCUAAAGAAGAAGGAUAUACCAAAGUAAUAAGAAUUCUCUCAAAGAAAAUUAAUGAAUGUAGAGUCGAAGAGGCGUCUUCUUCAAAUUCGGGGAUGAGCAAUGUCUCAGAUUCAGGCAAUAUUGUUGUGCGUACUAGGUCGAAUCCAUUAGGAUCUGUAUUACCAAUGCGGAAAAUAGUAAAACUAAAGAAAACGUGGCGAAUUUAA